AUGUCGACCUCCCUCCCGACCAAAUCGUCCAACGCGCUCCUCUCGGUCAACUUCAACCAGGACCACUCGUGCGUCGCCGUCGGUACACGCGAUGGCUACUCGAUCACAAACUGCGAGCCCUUCGGGCGUGUCUACACCAACAACUCCGGCCCUACCUCGCUCGUCGAGAUGCUCUUCUGCACCUCUUUGGUCGCACUCGUGGCCACUUCCGACUCGGAUCCCAAGAGCAACGCCUCUCCACGUCGGCUGCAGAUCGUCAACACGAAACGUCAGUCGGUCAUUUGCGAACUGCUGUUCCCCACAGCCAUUCUGGGCGUGAAGCUCAACCGCAGGAGACUUGUCGUUGUGUUGGAGCAGGAGAUCUAUAUCUACGACAUCAGCAACAUGAAGCUGUUGCAUACUAUCGAGACCAGUCCAAAUCCGAUGGCCAUCUGCGCGCUUUCGCCUAGCUCGGACAACUGCUUCUUGGCAUACCCGUCACCGGUACCGUCGCCGACCAGUCCGUUUGCCAACCCGGCAGGUGGAUCCGGCAGUGCAGGGUCUUCGGGGAGUGGAUCGGGUUCUGCUGCGGGAGGCACAGCGGGAGACGUAUUGAUCUUUGACCUGCUCUCCCUCUCAGUCACCAACGUGAUUCAGGCACACAAGACGCCCAUCUCGGCACUGGCGCUCAAUUCGACAGGGACACUGCUCGCCACUGCUUCCGACAAGGGCACUGUCAUCCGCGUCUUCUCCGUCCCCGCUGCACAGAAGCUGCACCAGUUCCGGAGGGGGAGCUACGCGGCCAGGAUAUACAGUCUCAACUUCAAUGCUGUCAGCACCCUGCUGGCCGUGUCAUCGGAUACCGAGACCGUGCACAUCUUCAAGCUCUCCUCGGGCUCCAAGUCGGCGGCGGGGAGUAACGGCCAGAACUCGCCUUCGCUCAGCUCGUUCGACGGGAAUUCGGACACCUCGUCGCCGCCUGGGUCGGCCAACGGCUCGUCGAACGGCGCCACGCGCGGAGGGUACGAGGCGUUCAUGGGCAAGUCGCGCUCGGAUCGCUCGACGGGCGGGAUAAGCGGCACGCUUCGACGCAGGAGCAUGGCGCUGGGACGCGGGAUCACAGGCUCCGUGGGCGGCUACCUGCCCAACAGCCUUACCGAGAUGUGGGAGCCCAGUCGCGAUUUUGCCUUUCUCAAGCUGCCGACGCAGGGCGUGUCGAGCGUGGUGGCGUUGAGUGCGACCACGCCGCACGUCAUGGUGGUCACGAGCGAGGGGUAUUUCUACAGCUACAACAUCGAUCUCGAGCACGGAGGCGAGUGCGUGUUGAUGAAACAGUAUUCAUUGCUCGAUGGCGAGUCGGACAGCAGUGCCGCCGCCGGCGCCGCGGCUGGAUCGAACGGCGAUUGA